AAAAGCCAUGGACUCCACCAGGUCUGAACCCCUGAAACGAUCACCCGAGGCUGAAGAUGGAAACAUCGAAUAUAAACUGAAGCUAGUGAAUCCAUCCCAGUACCGCUUUGAGCACCUGGUGACACAGAUGAAAUGGCGGCUCCAGGAGGGCCGCGGUGAGGCCGUCUACCAGAUUGGGGUAGAGGACAAUGGGCUGCUGGUGGGGCUGGCUGAGGAGGAGAUGCGGGCCUCCCUCAAGACCCUGCACCGGAUGGCGGAGAAGGUCGGGGCCGACAUCACUGUUCUCCGGGAGCGAGAAGUAGAUUAUGAUAGCGACAUGCCCCGGAAGAUCACUGAGGUGUUGGUACGAAAGGUCCCUGACAACCAGCAGUUCCUAGACCUCCGUGUGGCCGUCCUGGGGAAUGUGGACUCAGGGAAGUCGACUCUGCUUGGAGUCCUGACCCAGGGAGAGCUGGACAAUGGGCGGGGCCGGGCUCGACUCAACCUUUUCCGCCACCUGCAUGAGAUUCAGUCUGGCCGAACCUCCAGCAUCAGCUUCGAGAUCCUGGGCUUUAACAGCAAGGGAGAGGUGGUGAAUUACAGUGACUCACGGACGGCAGAAGAGAUCUGUGAGAGCAGCUCCAAGAUGAUCACCUUCAUCGACCUGGCAGGCCACCACAAGUACCUACACACCACCAUCUUUGGCCUCACCUCAUACUGCCCUGACUGUGCCCUGCUCCUCGUCAGUGCUAACACUGGGAUUGCUGGCACCACCAGGGAACAUCUGGGCCUGGCCCUCGCCCUGAAAGUGCCCUUCUUCAUCGUGGUCAGCAAAGUGGACCUGUGUGCCAAGACCACAGUGGAGAGGACGGUACGGCAGCUAGAGCGGGUCCUCAAGCAGCCUGGUUGCCACAAGGUCCCCAUGCUGGUUACCUCCGAGGAUGAUGCCGUCACUGCUGCCCAGCAGUUUGCCCAGUCACCCAAUGUCACCCCUAUCUUCACACUGUCUAGCGUGUCUGGAGAGAGUCUGGACCUGCUCAAAGUCUUUCUGAAUAUCCUGCCACCACUCACCAAUAGCAAAGAGCAGGAGGAACUCAUGCAGCAGCUGACGGAGUUCCAGGUGGAUGAAAUCUACACGGUACCAGAGGUGGGGACAGUCGUUGGAGGGACACUUUCCAGUGGGAUUUGCCGUGAGGGGGACCAGCUGGUGGUGGGCCCCACGGACGAUGGCUGCUUCCUGGAGCUGAGAGUAUGCAGCAUCCAGCGCAACCGCUCCGCCUGUCGUGUGCUGCGAGCUGGUCAGGCUGCCACAUUGGCCCUCGGGGACUUUGAUCGUGCACUUCUUCGCAAGGGCAUGGUGAUGGUGAGCCCCGAGAUGAAUCCCACCAUCUGCUCAGUGUUCGAGGCAGAAAUAGUCCUACUAUUCCAUGCUACCACCUUCCGGCGAGGCUUCCAGGUGACAGUACAUGUGGGCAACGUACGUCAGACGGCAGUGGUGGAAAAGAUCCAUGCCAAGGACAAGCUGCGGACAGGGGAGAAGGCAGUGGUACGUUUCCGCUUCCUGAAACACCCAGAGUACCUGAAGGUGGGCGCCAAGCUGCUGUUCCGGGAGGGUGUCACCAAGGGCAUCGGCCAUGUCACUGAUGUGCAAGCCAUUGCAGCAGGAGAGGCCCAGGCCAACAUGGGCUUCUGAACUCCAGGCGGGCACAGCUCUAUUGCUGUCCCUACAAUAUAUAAGGUGACUUCUGGCCACGCUGCCCCACGUUGGCGGCUCUGUGUGUUAAUAGGCUAGGGAAAGAGGGGUGCUCCCUGCCACUUUUCUGGAGAGGUGCCAAGCUUAGUGUGGCCAGGGAGGGGCAGUCCUGAGGGAGAAGACAGAAUUCAGGGCAGUGCUCAGCAACUGUGUCCACCUGGUUGGCCCAUCAACCCGGGCAACUCCAUGGCCUGUCCACUGGAGGGAGCUGACUGCUGCCACCUCGGCCCCACUGUCAGGACUGGGCUGGUGUGGUCCCUGCACUUCAGGAAUUGUCACAACAACUGGGGGUGGUCCUCGGAAGCACUCCUUUUUCUAUACCUCUUCUCAAGACCAUGUAAGUUGCCCAUCUCUAACUGACUGUGGACAAAGACAUCUGCUCCUGGCCAUCUGGUGGCCCAGGAUCUGAAGAAAUGGCACAGGGACAGUGAAUGGCUGUGCUCCCACCCUGUGCUGAGACAUGAGGCCCGUUCUUCAGCUUUAUCCCCCUUCCCUUCUUCACUCAAGGGCCAUUUCCCCAGUUUGUCCUCCCAUAGGCCCCACUGGUGCUAUUUGUUGUGCUGGCCCAGGCGUGGGGCUGCCGAGCGGAGGCUCGGCAUACCGAAGGUCAGCUGCACGUUAAUCAGUCUUGUCCUCCCCUUUGCAGUGACCUGUUGGUUUUAAUGCUGGAUCAAACAGUAUGUUUUCCUCUCCCAGACUGGUGGUGGCUGGGGACCUGACCCACAGCUCCCCAUCCUGCCACCCUCACCCCCCUUCCUGCUCCCAUGUAAGUCCUCUCGUUUUAGUAAUUUGCAGUGACCAUCCCUUUCCCUCUGUUGCAGGGAACCUAGAGGAAAGGGAAAGAUGUUGCCAUAUUUCUACUUUUUAGGGCAUGGACUCCCUCCUUUCCUUUUGUUAGUGUCCUGGGUUCCCAUGGACUCAGGGAUUUGGUGGUUGAGGUUUCUCUGCAUAUAAAUAUAUAUAUAUUUAAAUACACAUAUAUAUAUUGUACAGAAUAAAAAUGUUUUAUUGAACACACUGUGCUUAUGCUUAAGACACAGGCUCAGCUUCCAGAGCUAGACUCCUCUCCAGGAUUAGAGACAAGUGAAACCCUAACACUGCUGAGCCCUGAAUGGGGAAAGAACCUGUCUGGUAUCUCAUUCGCCAUUCUUCCUUUCCUCUCCCCAACAUGCAAUCAGUGUCCCAGUAUUGUGACCAAGUAUUCUGGCCUGUUUUGCAUAGUUCUUUGAGUGACCAGAAUAGCAAAUGAAACUGCUGCCUUUUCAGCUGAGAUGGGUCACCACCCUGUACUUGAGGAGUGGACACUUGCUAAUGGUCACAAUGGUAAGGAGCCCACUACUGUGCCCUGUUGGAAAUUUAUAGAGAUUAGCAUGCCAGCUACUUAAUGAAGAGUAGAAUUUAGAGAUAUGGUAAUCUGGUCCUCAGCUUCUCCUAGCAAUGCAAAAUAGCCUGAAGUGAGGUUUAUAUAGCCUAAACUGGCUUCUUGGCUCUGAGGGCUGCCUGGCCAAACCUUAGUCCUUUCUUCCUGUACCUAUCACAUUUUAUGGGUAGAGGAAUAUGGCCUAAGGUUAAACUGGAAAAGUAGGGUCUGCAUUUUGAGUACUGAUCUUUGCAAAAGAAAUUUAAUGAUAAACAUGGCCUAAUCUCCCCUGGGGCAUCCCAAGGUGUUAAAGUGAUAGUUUCCCUAUCACUCAAGCUCAGCUGCUUUUUGAAAUGUCACUGGUUUAACUUGCUACUAAGAAGCCUGGGGUUGAAGAACUUCUUCCUGUGUUGGGAACUAAGAGCUAUUUACUUCCUUCUGUACAGUUGCUGAUAAACAGUUUUGAGGAAAGGUUAUAUUCAGCAAAAAGGUACUGUAGCUUUCACCCAACACUGACCUUUGCAUGUCUGUCUGCUGUCCCCUCCACAGGCUUGUUGCCAGUGUGCUGGGGCAGGGUUGGCAUUGCCAAGAAAACAGAAGGUGUGCUGCUGGUAUUGUCUUAUUGAUUACCCACUAGUUCCCCACCCCCUGCCCCCACUACCCAUCUUGGCCUCUAGAAGUCCAAUGAAGUCCAUAUUACUUUUCAGUAUGACUCCUUCCAGUCAACCAACGUGUUAAAAAUUUG